AGUCAGUAUAGCUAUAGUCUUCUAUACCCACCAUUAGAAUUUGCAGAAGAAACAAAAGUUGAGAACAUUAAAGAGCAAUGGUAUCCACGAUUAUACUAGCUUUAUUAAUGCUCUCAGCACUUUCAAAUGCAGAGCCUCUUUACACCUUUUGUUCACUCGAGUAUGGAAACUACACUCCUCACAGCCAAUUCGAAACUAACCUUAAUAAUCUUCUCCAUGACUUAUCUUCAAACACAACCCUUAAAGGGUCUCUCCCAGGUUACUUGAAUACUAGUGUUGGAAAUAACUCCGAUAAAGUUUAUGGACAAUCCCUUUGUAGAGGAGAUGUUAGCUCCACCGUCUGCCGGAAAUGCAUCGAGGAAGCAAGCCAAGAUAUUUUCAGAAACUGCAAGAGCAAAGAUGCAAUGAUAUGGUACGACCUUUGUCAAGUUCGCUACUCCUUCCAGAUGUUCUUUUCUACCAUGCAAGUCUACACAGGAAAGUUUCCAGAGCACAAUGACCAGGAGAAAAACGUUUCGGACCGGACUCGAUUCAGUCAAGUUUUGAUGUAUAUGAUGAAUGGCCUCUCAAAUGAGGCUGCGUUUGAUUCUUCUAACAACAUGUUCGCUACUGGGAAAAUCGGAUUUUCAAGAGAGGAAACUAUUUAUGGUCUACAACAGUGUACCUUGGACACGCCUUCAAAAUCCUGCAGUGACUGUUUGACCGCUGCCUUGGGAGAGCUUAACGCCUGCUGUUCUUUUCGCCGAGGUGGAAUUGUUUUGAGUAGGAACUGUUAUGUGAGGUUUGAGAUGAACCAGUUCUUCUACAAUGACUCCUUCACUUCUCUGUUUGUCAAUCCAUUUUUUAAAGGGGAUAAAUGGAAAAUUUGGAAGAUUGUGCUGGUUCCCUGCACAUUGCUUAUAGUCCUUAUCAGUGGAUAUUGUGCUGUCUAUUUUCUGCGAAAAAAAGGAAGAGAAAGAGAUGACAGAAGCGAACGUGCUCUGUUAAGAGACAUAACAAUUCCCAGAACGGUCACUAUUACUCAAGAAGGUAAUCUUGUCACUUCAGAGGAACUGCCUUUCUUUGAUCUAGCUACUAUAAUGGUAGCUACGGACGACUUUGCAGAUUCAAAUAAGCUCGGACAAGGUGGUUUUGGCACUAUUUACAAGGGAGAAUUGCCGAAUGGGAAAGAAGUAGCCGUGAAAAGACUGUCGAGGAAAUCGUGGCAGGGCUUAGAAGAGUUUAAAAAUGAGGUUAUGCUCAUUGCCAAACUUCAACACCGAAACCUAGUGAGGCUAGUAGGAUGGGGCAUAGAGGGAGACGAGAAGCUGCUUUUAUAUGAGUUUAUGCCUAACAGAAGCCUUGACUUUUUCAUCUUUGAUUUGGAAAGACGAUCCCAGCUCAAUUGGGAAACAUACUACAAUAUCAUAAGUGGAAUUGCCAAGGGACUUCUUUAUCUUCAUGAAGAUUCCAGGCAUAAAAUUAUUCACAGGGAUCUCAAGCCCAGCAAUGUACUGUUGGACCAAGACAUGGUUGCCAAAAUAUCAGACUUUGGAAUGGCAAGAAUCUUUUGCGAAAAUCAAAACACAGCUAACACAAAAAGAGUUGCUGGAACAUAUGGGUACAUGGCUCCAGAGUAUGCAAUGGGCGGCAUGUUCUCAGUAAAAUCUGAUGUUUUUAGCUUUGGUGUUAUCUUGCUUGAGAUAAUUAGUGGCAAAAAAAAUAAUGGAUUCCUCACAGAACAUGCUCAAACACUACUUUCAUAUGCGUGGAGAUUAUGGAAGGAAGGAAAAGAAAUGGAGUUUGUGGAUCCUUUGGUGAUAGAAUCAAGUUCAAGCCCAACACAAGAGAUUUUAAAAUGCAUACGUAUUGGGCUUCUAUGUGUCCAGGAAGAUCCAGAAGAUAGGCCCACCAUGUCUGACGUGGUUGUAUCAUUGCAUGGGAGUGAAUCAAUGCCACUUUCUGAACCAAAACAACCAUUUGCCGUUUGCAAAGCUAUUCCCAUGGAUUCCUUAAUUAUAGAUCCUACCCUCAAUCACCUUACCUUUUCUGCCAUUUUACCACGCUGAUAAUUCAUGUAACAAUUUUUUUUGAUAUAAAUAUAAACCAGAUUUACUGACA